UGUAGGCUGUGCCCAAGAAAAAUGUGCCAAAUCUUCUCAUUAUUUUGCUGUUGCUAUUGACUCUUAUUUUGAGCUUUUGGUACUCCCAGGUGAUGCCAAUCAGGUGCCAAUCAGAAACUUGAUUGGCAGCACCUGUGAGAAUCGGCCCUGCUAGAGUGAGUAGUCAGUACAGUCAGUGUCUGUUCCACCAUCACACUGGUGGAGGCAUUGUGAUGGUGUGGGGCGGUAUCUCCCUCACUGGAAAAACGAGGCUUAUCAUCAUUGGAGGCAAUCUCAAUGCAGAGAGAUAUCGAGAUGAGAUUCUGUAACCAGUGGCAAUCCCAUAUCUCCACAUUCUGGGUGUGCUGUUGGUGCCAGAGUGACCAACACAACCAGGUUGGCUGACUUACGACAGAUGCUGGUUGAAGAAUGGGAGGCCAUCCCACAGCAGCGUGUGACCAGCAUGUAUGAGCUCAGAAGGCCGGUGCUGUUUGUGAUGGAACCCGACAUGCUGAAAACCAUCUUGGUGAAAGAGUGCUUCACCUACUUUACCAACCGGCUGGACCGCGGCCUGGUCGGGGACCUCUAUGACGCAGUGGGAUCUGCUAAGGAUGAUCACUGGAGAAGGAUUCGUAACAUCCUCACUCCCAUUUUUACCUCUGGACGUAUAAAAGAGAUGUUUAACAUCGUGAAACAUCACUCCCGCAAACUGACUGACAGCCUGCAGUCCAAGGCGCUGAAUAAAGUUAUCACUGUGAAACACGUCUUUGGAGCCUACACUAUCGAUGUUAUGGCGAGCACUGCAUUCAGUAUCGAUGCCGACUCAAUCAACGACCCCUCAGGUCCCCUCAUGACCCACAGCACCAAGCUGUUUUCAGUACCCAAUACUAUUUUCUUAUUAUCAGGGAUGUUUCCCUUUUGCCGUCCUCUCUUGGAGCUGCUGGGUUACUCUAUGUUUUCUAAGACUUCUACUGGCUUCUUUAAAACACUUAUGGACAAGGUCAAAGCUGAACGCAAUGGGAGCUCACACCAGUAUUCUGGAGAUUUCCUCCAAUAUAUGAUGAACUGUCAGACUGCCAGUGAAUCCAAGACAGAAAAGCAGAAUACAGGUCUUACUGAUCAUGAGAUCUUCUCUCAAGCCACAAUUUUUAUGUUUGCUGGUUACGAAACGAGUACCAACACUCUCGUGUUUGUGGCCUACACUUUAGCAAGACAUCCUGAAGUCAUGAAACGCCUGCAAGAGGAGAUAGACUCCACUUUUCCUAAUAAGGGUGAGGUUGAAUAUGAAGCUCUGAUGCAGAUGGCGUACCUGGACUGUGUCGUCAAUGAGGUUCUGAGGCUCUAUCCUCCAUCCGCACGUUUGGAACGAACUGCCAAAGAAACUGUCUACAUCAACGGGAUCACAAUCCCAAAGGGCAUGGAUAUUAUGGUUCCAGUCUACGCCAUGCACCACGACCCUGAGCUGUGGCCAGAGCCAGAGGAGUUCAAACCAGACAGAUUUAGUAAGCAGAACAAGCAGAACAUCGAACCGUACACUUACCUGCCGUUCGGGGUCGGGCCGAGGAACUGUUUGGGGAUGCGCUUUGCCCUGCUGAUAGUGAAACUGUCCUUGGUGAACAUUUUGCAGAACUUCAGCUUCUCGGUCUGUGAAGAGACAGAGAUCCCUUUGAAGAUGAGCUAUGAAGGCCUCACUGGACCCCUCAGACCAAUCAAGUUGAAGCUGGUGCCACGUUCAACCACCUCAGGAAAUGUGGACAAGUCAGACUAAGAAGUACUUAAAGUCUGAACUAUUCUAUAAUUGUAAUUUUAUCUACUUAACACACUACUGAAAGUUCACUACUAUAAGAUUUUAAUCUUUAUAAGAAGUUUAUAUUAUAUUAUAUAUUAAGUUUAUAAGAAGAACGGAAUCCAAAAAAAAAAAAGUUGAUUUUUGGAAAACAAGACUGGAAUUUUAUGUCAAAUUUGGUGAGAAUUAGAUAAUAACAAUUCAUUUUAUUUAUGGCCGCAUGUCUGAACACUCAAAGUCACCUUCCAAAAUCAACAAUAAAACACUCAGUCCAUCAAACAAGCAGUCAUAAAAGCAGGCGAUAAAACUACAUACAAAUACUAAUAAAUAUAAAUAAUAAAUAAUAAAUAAAUAAUACUGAUAAUAACAAAGAGAAAGUGGGGUCAUUUAAGUGAAAGCAGAUGAAAUUAAAGGGAGUAGGCCUGUCUAAAGAGAUGGGUUUUCAGGGACGAUUUGAAGGUGGUAAUGGAAGUGGAGUUUCGGAUGUAAUGAGGCAGAGAGUUCCAGAGGUGGGGGCUGAGCGACUGAAAGAUUUUGACCCCAUAGUGACCAGAUGGGCAGGUGGGAGGAAGAGCUGGAUGGAGGAAGAGGACCUGAGAUAACGGGUGGGUGUCUUGUUAUGGAGAAGCUCGGUGAGAUAGGGUGUGACCAGGGCGUGAACUAGAAUUUCAGCACUGUCAGGGGAGAGAGAUGGGCGCAAGCGAGAGAUGUUAUGUAAAUGGCACACCUGGUAGAGCGUGUACCAUAGGGGCAUUGUCCUCAUAAGGCCCACUUCCCGAUUCCGACUCGGAGCCCUUUCCCGCAUGUCUUCCCCUCUGUCUCCCCCUUCACUCUGUCCUAUCAAUAAAGCCAAAAUAAUAAUAAUAAUAAAUAUAUAUAUAUAUAUAUAUAUAUAUAUAUAUAUAUAUAUAUAUAUAUAUAUAUAUACUUUCAUGAUUAGUAAACAUUGUUAGUAUUUAAUGGGUUCGAGGGAGAGAGAGAUGAGGUUCAGAUUUCGUGACCUGAAACCAGUCUGUGUGUAUCAGGGACAUGUAAGGGAACCCGGAGAUCUCUGUAAUAUUGCACAUUUCUUGACGUAUUGUAAUAAAAAUUAUGUUAAAUUGAGAACUUGGACGUCUCCUGCUCAUCAUUCCCCAUUAAACGAUCUGCGCAGAGAAAAUAGGUGAGGUUGGUGUCAGAAUAUUACAUUUUCAAGGUUUCCUCAAGCUAUUUUUCUAACAAAAAUUCAUUUAUUUUAGAGAGAAUGGAUUUGGUACCAAUUAGGAGGAGUUCUGUUUUUUCACUGUUGAGUUUGAGGAAGUUUUGGUUGGACCAGGAUCUGAUUUCCUGAAGACAGUUGGAUAGGGAUGUGGAAGGGAGGGACAUGGUGGGUUUGGUGGACAGGUAGAGCUGGGUGUCAUCUGCAUAGCAAUGGAACUGAAUGUUAUAUUGACAGAAAAUAUGUCCUUGGGGGAGAAGGUAGAUGAUGAACAAAAGGGGUCCAAGGACAGACCCUUGGGGAACACCAGCGGAGUGGGGGAGAAGUUGGAUAUGAAUGAUUUAAGUUGGACGAACUGAGUACGGCCUGAGAGACAUGAUUUAAACCAGUCCAGGGGUGUAUCAGAUAAUCCAAGGGAGGCUAGUCGGUGGAUGAUGAUGGUGUGGGAAAUGGUGUCAAAUGCCGCACUCAGGUCCAGAAGGAUGAGAAUUGUUAGAAGUCCAGAGUCCACAGCCAUUAGGAGGUCAUAUUAGUUAUUUUAACAAGAGCUGUUUCAGUGCUGUGAAGGGGACGGAAGCCUGAUUAAAGCUGUUCAUAGAGACUAUUGUGGGAGAGGUGGUCAUGAAUCUAAGAAGCAACUGUUUUUUCAAGAUUUUUUGAAAGGAAGGGGAGGUUGGAGAUUGGGCAGUGGUUGUUGAAGUUGCUGGGGUCAGCACCAGGUUUCUUGAGAAUGGGGGUUAUUGCAGCUGAUUUGAGGGGUGAUGGAACAAUACCAGAGAUGACAGAGGAAUGGAUAACUGCAGUUAGAAGAGGGGUAAGGGAGUGAAUGCAAGAUUUAACCAGUAUAGUGUGGAGAGGAUCAAGUUGGUUAUUUCAGCACCAGAGGGGAGGGUGAAGUCAGAGAAAGGAUGGGAAGAAGAGAUUUGAAAGUCAAGGGAGGCUUACUGCUGGUGGAUAUGGUUAAUCUUAGUAUUAAAAAAUGUCAUAAUGGAGUUACAGGAGUCAGUGGAGAGAUGAGGUGGGAGAGUGUCAGGUGGGCCUAGUGUUUUGUGAACCAGUGAAAAAAGUGCCUGAGAUGUUUUUUGCAGUGGAAAGAGAAUCUUCAUGGAAAAUGAAAUGGGUAUUAAACAUUUGUUUGUGGAUGGUGUGACCAGUUUUUCUGUAGAGGCGUUUCAGUUGGCGACCUCUGGCUUUCACAUGAAAUGUGUAGAAGAUACCAAGACACGGUGAACAUGAAUUAAUAUUUCUUUUAUGUCUUGCUUUUUUUUUUUUAAGACUAUUUUUUUUUGGGCAUUUUGCUGCUUUAUUAGAUAGUAACAGAUAGAAAGGGGGAGACAGAGGGGAAGACAUGCGGCAAAGGGGCCUCAGGCCGGAUUCGAACCCAGGUCCGCCGCAGCAAGGACUCAGCCUUAAUGGUAAGCACUCUACCAGUGUGAGCCACCAGGCCGCCGCGUUAUGUCUUGCUUUUUAACAUUAUUGUACAGCAAGUACAUUUGGGGGCUAAUAAACAAAGCAUAAGAUAAAUGUUUCUACUUAUUUUUUUAAAGCCAGAUUUCUAGAGAAUUAUUUUAUCAUGUCAGAUAAUAAUCUGUGAAGGCUGUUAUUUUACAUUUUGUCUUACAGGUAAUCAAUCACCAGUCCAUUACAAGUCAAAUCAUAUCUACUGUCACACUUUUUAAAAGUAUAUGAAAUGGAGGAAACUUUCGCACUUGUAGGACACCCACACCAGUACAUCAGAACCAGUAGAGCACCGGAAAAAAAUAAUAAUCAACUGAACGAUUAUCUUAUCUAAAUAAGGGAUGGUGCUAAGUACUGAGCAAAUAACACUUAAAGUUUUUAAACAAGGGAUAAAAAAAGGUGGUCAAAUCAAGUUAAAAAGUAACAGGUUCCUUAUCAAAGCACAGAGAGUAACAUUAAUAUCUAAUAUCCCUUCGGGGAUGAAUAAAGUAAUCUAGCCAUCAAUCUAUCUAUCUAUUAAUGACCAGAUAAAAUACAAAAACACCUGUAUGAUGCAAUGCAAUGUCUCAUCUUGAAAUAAGAUUAGAUAUAAAGUUUAGAGCCAAUUAAGUCAUCUAAGUGAUGACUCAGUUGCAUGUGGCUGUUCAGGUUUCAAUUGAUCAAUGGAGGAGCAAAUCUGCAUAUUUAUGGAGCAAGUAGAACAUUGUUCCAAGUAUGUUUGGAGAACUGGGCAGAAAAAAAUUCUGGUCAGUGUAGUGUUAAAAAAUAUGAAGUGUGAUUUCAAUUACACUGACUCCGGUAGACAAAGGCUCUGAGGUGAGUUGUGCAGUCGUCUUGGAGCUCUGAUGACUGCAGCUCGUCCACUCACCUUGCCCUGCUUGAGGAAACAUGUUGUCACAAGGGUUAGAGGGCUUUCAUUAUGGCUUGAGCUGUGCUUUGUCUAAUAAAAUCUUGCAACAUGUCUUAGCCCCAACACUUAACCCUCCUAUUAUGUUCGUUUCUCAGGAACAUCAAUAAUGUUUGUGGGUCAAUUUGACCCAAAGCAUGUUUAAUUAUCCAAGUGUCAGAAACUAAAAAAUCCCAAUAAACAUUGUUUAUAUUUCAUUAAACUCCAUUAAUAACCAUCUCAAUCAAUAUUUAGUGCAAUGGUGUUCUUUACCUCUCACAGAUCAGGUUCAAUGAGGAUAAUUUACCCGUUUUUCAUAAGAAAUGCAUGUUAAAACUUUUUUAUGUACAUUGGAAAGACCUACAUAUAACUACAAUAGUUUUAAAUGACAUAGAAUAAUUCAAAAUAAUAUUUUUCUUUUAUUUUUUUCUUUUACGGAGUGAUGUUGAUAAAUAAACUUAAGUCACCUCUUCUGUUCAGGAUCAGAUUGACCAUUGAACAGUACCUAUGUAAAAUAAACAUGCAAAUAUGUGAAAUGAA